AUGAAAUGGUCCGACUGCAACGACAGUUGUGGCAGUUGUGGGACUAGACAACGUUUUCGUAGCUGUCUUACAGCCCCAACUUGCAAUUGCACUGGAACGGCAUUUGAGAAAGAAGUAUGUAAUACCCAAGUCUGUCUUUACCCUAGAACUUCUUGUUGUCCAACUUUUUCACCUGCUUCUGUCAAUAAUACAUUUACUUGUGUACCUUCUGAUAAUUUAUCAACACAAAGACCCAAUACGAGAAAAAGGCGAUAA